UUCCAUAGAGUCAGUGAGAGUCACCAGCUGCCAAACAGAGUCCACUACUCACACUUGUUUGACUUUCAAGGAAAAUACUCCAGCCGCGAGACACUGAGCUGCAGCAGCCUCUGGAAAAGCUUGUGGAGAAGACACACACUAGAUUUUUCAGAACAGAGCCCUGAAGACACGCUCACACAAGGCAGUCAUCUGUAGUCCGCCCCCGAAAGCAUCACUGCUGCCAUGCACAGGCUCAUUUCCAUUGCCCUGCUAUUCCUGGGUGCCAGUUUGGCUGCUUCCCUCUUCCUUCCUGACUCCCUGGAGCUGAGGCAGAUAAUGCAACGCUACCAGGACGAGCUGGAGCCUAACAGCACAAAAGCCGAUGCGCCUUUACGCACUCGCAGAGCCAUUGGGUGGUCGGACCGGGAGGACAUCCUGCAACUGCACAACAAGCUGAGAGGAAAGGUGUACCCGACCGCCUCCAACAUGGAGUACAUGGUUUGGGAUGAUGAACUGGAGAAGUCAGCGACCUACUGGGCGGAACAGUGCCAGUGGGAACAUGGACCUAAAGAUCUACUGAUGUCCAUCGGGCAGAACCUAGCCGUGCACUGGGGAAGGUACCGCUCUCCGGCCUACCAUGUGCAGGCCUGGUACGAUGAGGUGAAGGACUACACCUACCCUUACCCGCAUGAGUGCAACCCCUGGUGCCCUGAGCGCUGCUCUGGACCCAUGUGCACCCACUACACACAAGUGGUCUGGGCCACAACCAACCGUGUUGGCUGUGCUGUACACUUGUGUCCGCGUAUGAAUGUAUGGGGAGAAAUCUGGGAGAACGCCGUCUAUCUCGUCUGCAACUACUCACCCAAGGGAAACUGGAUCGGGGAAGCCCCCUACCAACAUGGCCGCCCCUGUUCCCAGUGCCCACCAAGCUAUGGAGGAAGGUGCAGAGACAACCUCUGCUACAAGGGAGACCCUGAACGUCAUGAGUCUCCAGAUAUGAAUGAGGUGGAGAAGCAGCAGGAGCCAGUACAGCCUCGGACGACUCCAACUAAGCCUAAGCCCAAACCCUCUUCCCCCAAAAAACCUGCAAAUGCCAAUCCUUCCUCAACCAAGACUACAAGAACAACCUAUCUAGCACAAAAUAUUAAGUGUGAGACAAGAAUGAGGGACAAAUGUAAAGGAGCGACCUGCAACAGGUACAACUGCCCAGCAAACUGCUUAAAUAAGAAGGGGAAAGUGUGGGGAACAUUGUAUUAUGAUGUUCAAUCAAGUAUUUGCCGUGCUGCUAUCCACUAUGGAAUAAUUGACAACAAUGGAGGCCUUGUGGAUGUCACAAGAAAAGACAACUUCCCAUUCUUUGUAAAGGCAACCAAGAAUGGUGUAGAGUCAUUCAGUAAAUACAAACCUGGCAAUGCAUUUACAGUGUCAAGAGUGGAAGAGCAAACAAUAGACUGCUACACGACAGUGGCUGAGAUUUGUCCCUUCAAGGCGUCUGCCUCUCAUUGUCCAAGAGUCUUCUGCCCAGCUAACUGCCUAAACGAACCAUCAUAUUGGGCUCCAGUGGUCGGCACCAACAUUUACGGUGAUGGCUCCAGUAUCUGCCGAGCAGCUCUCCACGCUGGAGUGAUCAAAGCCAGCGGCGGCUAUGUGGACCUCCUGGCUCUGGAUAAGAGGAAUUCUUACUUAAAUGUAACUUUAAACUUUAUUUUUUCUUGCAGUAAAAGCAAUACAGAAGGCGGUUCGUUCCGUGUCUUCGCUGUUAGAGAGUGAGACGGCACUGACGACGCACAAAAGGUCACCGAUUUGCUCUCAAAAGUCAGGACAUAUCAAAGGAAAUGCAACACUUCGGACUCUGUCUUUGGGAGGAAAGAGACAUUUACAGAAGACCAAAGGAUCUGUCAAAGUCUGCUAGCUCAAUCCAUGGGCUUCCAGGGGUUUUAUAUACAAUUGUGAAUAACGUUUUUAAGCACACAUGCAACUCUUAACAAAAUGCAGUGUGGUAGAAAUGGUAUUUUAACAGCGGUGCUGGUUUUAAUCGGUGUUUUUUUAAAUACAUGCAAAAUCUCUAAUUUCAUUACAAAAGGCAUAUUGAUUACACUGUAUUUAAUCUGUACAGAUAUUUUGUCGAUUUGUCAGACUUGUUGUGUGUUUCGCAUUUUUUUGCUUUAUUUCAUUAAUCAUUUUUGAAGCCGGAGCUGGAAAAGAGCGUGACAAUCACCACAUACUUUUUUGCUUCAAGAAUUAUUUUUCCCAUUCAGUUUAUUCAUAGUGAAAAAAAUCCAACCAUCUCCAAGAUGAAUCACCAAAUUACAAACCUAUUAUGAAAAUAUAAUUCAGAGCUCAUGGUACGUCUGUCUCAAAAGUUUAUGCUUUAUUGUUAAAAUCAACUUCUUUAUGACGAAAAUGAGUGCGGCUUUUAACUUCCGGAAACUUUUGCGCUCUAUUGCAAUAGUAGUUGAGUGUGUACAGUGCAGUAGGGGGGAUUUAUUGGACCUGAAGUGGGCAAACAGAUGCUUCACAGAGAAAUGGCAAAGAAAAAGAGGCAAAACUCCAAGCAAAAGAAACCUUCCCUUCAUAAUGCAUGCAAGCCUUCCAGAGUCAACACUACUCAGACACUAUGGUAAAGGUGCAAAAACAUUGCAACAAUGUUUAAUCCCAGGAGAAUUCAGUCACAGAGUGCAUGUUUAGGCUCAUCUUUCAUCAUGGUACCUUCAUUUAUGUUAUUUAUUAUUAUGCCUCCUUCUACUCCUGCUCAGAGCUGCAAAUUCUGUGGAACAGAACCAAAUAUUUAUGAAUGUGACGCAUGAUAUAUGCCCACUUGAGAUUGAAACGUCUGUCAGAGUCUAACAUGUUCCUGUUUGGUUAAAUGCUAUACAAAACCCAGAGUUCAUCAUUACUGCCAAAAGCAAUUUCAUUAGAACUUUAACUUUAUUUUUUAUUUUGCACGGAAUGAAACCCAAGUGCACAGUGCCGACCAAACACCGAUUUUUUAAAAAUCACAUUAUACUGCAAUGUAAUAGAAAGGUACUUAAGUCAUGCCUCUGUGAAGAAAGAAGUAUGUCAACUUCUUAUCUUAAUGCAUAUUUCUUAGCUUGAUAGUGUUUAUAGAGUCCCAGAUUUAGAUAAAAUAUGGAUGUUCUUCUAUGAAAUAAGGGCCGUUGAGGACAAUAACCCCUUUGAAGGCUUCCGUGUUGCUGCUUUUUACUUUUCACCUACUUUUAUUUUCUUUGUAACUUUCUUGAAGUGUUACCUCAGUCCUGUUGCAGCAAUAUAUUUGAGUAUUAAUGUCUUUAGGGAAAUCAUAAAUGUUUGUACAGUGCAAUGGUUUGUGUAAAUAUUCAGAUUUGUGC